AGUCGAUUUUAUAUAAUCAAUUCAUUCAAAUUUAAAUUUUAUUAACGUAAACAUGUAAUUUUUAUGAAAGUAUUUGUGAAUUCACCGUGAUACUAACCAUGCACUUCCUCACUCUAGAAAGACUUUUGAAUGAAGGGUCAACGUUCACAGGUCAACUUGUUAGCAUGUGGGAUACUUCAUACUUUUCUAAGUCUUUGUUGCUUCUUAGUUGUAGUAAUAGAAAUUCAGGUUGGAAAUUGGAACACCCUUCAAAUUAGUACCAAGCUUGUGCUGAAAGUCUACAAAACAAGGCCAAGUAAGAAGUCGCAUUAAACUAAUGGAAUACCUUUAUGGAUUUGCAUCUGCUAUUUCGAGAGAUUUGGUGUGCGGUGUGAUAGGUCAAUUAAGUUAUCCGUGCUGCUUCAACAAUUUUGUUCAAGACCUUGCAAAAGAAGAAAGUAAUUUGGCUGCAAUAAGAGAUAGUGUCCAAGACCGCGUCACACGAGCCAAGAAGCAAACUAGAAAGACUGCUGAGGUUGUUGAGAAGUGGUUAAAGGAUGCUAACAUUGCCAUGGACAAUGUUGAUCAGUUACUACAAAUGGCAAAAUCAGAGAAGAACUCAUGUUUCGGGCACUGUCCAAAUUGGAUUUGGCGAUACAGCGUAGGCAGGAAGUUAUCAAAGAAAAAAAGGAACCUUAAAUUGUACAUUGAAGAAGGUAGACAGUAUAUAGAGAUCGAACGCCCUGCUUCACUUUCAGCAGGCUAUUUUUCUGCUGAAAGAUGUUGGGAGUUUGAUAGUAGAAAACCUGCUUAUGAAGAACUUAUGUGUGCUUUGAAAGAUGACGAUGUUACUAUGAUUGGAUUGUAUGGGAUGGGGGGUUGUGGUAAAACAAUGCUUGCAAUGGAAGUAGGCAAGAGGUGUGGUAAUCUUUUUGAUCAAGUGCUUUUUGUGCCUAUAUCUAGUACUGUAGAAGUGGAAAGGAUCCAAGAAAAAAUUGCAGGCUCUCUCGAAUUUGAAUUCCAAGAAAAAGACGAAAUGGACAGAUCAAAACGCUUAUGCAUGAGGUUAACACAAGAAGAUAGGGUUCUUGUGAUUCUGGACGACGUGUGGCAAAUGCUAGAUUUUGAUGCCAUAGGGAUUCCUUCUAUUGAACAUCAUAAAGGUUGCAAGAUUCUCAUUACCAGUAGAUCUGAAGCAGUUUGUACUUUGAUGGAUUGCCAGAAAAAAAUUCAGUUAUCAACACUAACCAACGAUGAAACGUGGGAUCUUUUCCAAAAGCAAGCACUGAUAUCUGAAGGAACUUGGAUUUCUAUAAAGAAUAUGGCUAGAGAAAUUUCAAAUGAAUGUAAAGGCUUGCCUGUCGCCACUGUAGCAGUGGCUAGCAGCUUGAAAGGCAAGGCUGAGGUGGAAUGGAAGGUGGCAUUGGAUAGAUUGAGAAGUUCAAAACCUGUUAAUAUUGAAAAAGGUUUGCAAAACCCGUACAAGUGCUUGCAACUAAGCUAUGAUAAUUUGGACACUGAAGAGGCCAAGUCACUUUUCUUGUUGUGUUCUGUAUUUCCUGAAGAUUGUGAAAUUCCUGUGGAGUUUUUAACUAGGUCUGCAAUCGGGCUUGGCAUAGUUGGAGAAGUUCACUCAUAUGAAGGGGCAAGGAACGAAGUAACUGUGGCUAAAAAUAAGCUCAUAAGUUCUUGUUUGUUGCUAGAUGUUAAUGAAGGAAAAUGUGUCAAAAUGCAUGACUUAGUUCGCAAUGUAGCCCAUUGGAUUGCGGAGAAUGAGAUCAAGUGUGCCUCAGAAAAGGAUAUUAUGACUUUGGAACAUACUUCAUUAAGAUAUCUAUGGUGUGAGAAAUUUCCAAAUAGUUUGGAUUGUUCCAAUCUUGACUUUUUACAGAUUCACACAUAUACACAGGUAUCAGAUGAAAUUUUCAAGGGAAUGAGAAUGCUUAGAGUUUUGUUUCUUUACAACAAGGGUCGGGAGAGAAGGCCAUUGUUGACUACAUCAUUAAAAUCAUUGACGAAUCUUCGUUGCAUACUCUUCAGUAAGUGGGAUUUAGUUGAUAUCUCAUUUGUGGGAGAUAUGAAGAAACUUGAAAGUAUUACAUUGUGUGAUUGUUCCUUCGUUGAAUUACCUGAUGUGGUUACACAAUUGACAAACUUAAGAUUGUUGGAUUUGUCAGAAUGUGGCAUGGAAAGGAAUCCGUUUGAAGUGAUUGCGAGACACACAGAGCUGGAAGAACUGUUCUUUGCUGACUGUAGAUCGAAAUGGGAAGUUGAAUUCUUAAAAGAGUUUAGUGUCCCCCAAGUGUUACAGAGGUAUCAAAUACAAUUAGGAAGCAUGUUUUCCGGUUUCCAGGACGAGUUUCUCAAUCAUCACAGAACUUUGUUUCUGAGUUAUUUGGAUACAUCUAAUGCCGCGAUCAAGGAUUUGGCCGAAAAGGCAGAGGUCUUGUGUAUAGCAGGUAUUGAGGGAGGUGCUAAAAAUAUUAUCCCUGACGUAUUUCAAAGUAUGAAUCAUUUAAAAGAGCUUCUGAUACGUGAUUCUAAGGGGAUAGAAUGUUUGGUUGACACUUGUCUGAUCGAGGUAGGAACUCUUUUCUUCUGCAAGUUGCAUUGGCUAAGGAUUGAGCACAUGAAGCAUUUGGGAGCUUUAUACAAUGGUCAAAUGCCUCUUAGUGGUCAUUUUGAGAAUCUAGAAGACCUAUAUAUAAGUCAUUGUCCAAAGCUAACACGUCUCUUCACACUUGCAGUUGCUCAAAAUCUGGCGCAACUGGAAAAAUUACAAGUAUUAUCUUGUCCUGAACUUCAGCAUAUACUAAUCGAUGAUGAUAGAGAUGAGAUAAGUGCAUAUGAUUACAGACUACUGUUGUUUCCAAAAUUAAAAAAGUUCCAUGUUAGAGAGUGUGGUGUGCUGGAAUACAUAAUCCCAAUCACUUUGGCUCAAGGCCUUGUACAAUUGGAGUGUUUGGAAAUUGUAUGUAAUGAGAAUUUGAAAUACGUAUUUGGUCAAAGCACACACAAUGAUGGUCAGAAUCAAAAUGAACUCAAGAUCAUCGAGCUUUCAGCCCUGGAAGAGCUUACUCUUGUUAACUUGCCAAAUAUCAAUAGCAUUUGUCCAGAAGAUUGUUAUCUAAUGUGGCCAUCCCUGCUUCAAUUCAAUUUGCAAAAUUGUGGAGAGUUUUUCAUGGUGUCUAUCAAUACUUGCAUGGCUUUACACAACAAUCCGAGAAUCAAUGAAGCUUCACACCAAACUUUGCAAAAUAUAACAGAAGUUCGAGUCAAUAACUGUGAGUUAGAAGGUAUCUUUCAGCUAGUAGGACUAACCAAUGAUGGAGAAAAAGAUCCACUGACAUCGUGUUUGGAAAUGUUGUAUUUGGAGAAUCUACCUCAGCUCAGGUAUUUAUGCAAGAGUAGCGUAGAAUCAACAAACCUCCUAUUCCAAAAUCUUCAACAAAUGGAGAUAAGUGGAUGUAGAAGAUUAAAAUGUAUCUUCUCAUCCUGUAUGGCAGGAGGGCUACCUCAAUUGAAAGCGCUAAAGAUAGAAAAGUGCAAUCAGCUCGAUCAAAUCGUUGAGGAUAUUGGCACUGCAUUUCCCUCAGGAUCAUUUGGUCUUCCCAGCCUUAUAAGGUUAACACUAAUAUCAUGUCCGAUGCUGGGUUCAUUGUUCAUAGCGUCCACUGCUAAAACCUUGACUUCAUUGGAAGAAUUGACAAUACAAGAUUGCCAUGGUUUAAAGCAAUUAGUAACUUAUGGAAGAGAUCAGAAAAAUAGACGGGGAGAAAUAGUUCAGGAUGAUCAUGACUUUCAGAGUUUUACAUCAAUGUUCCAAAGUUUGAAAAAGAUUAGUGUUAUGAGAUGUCAUCUGCUCAAGUGUAUAUUACCCAUUUCAUUUGCAAGAGGACUGGUAAAAUUGGAAGCUAUAGAAAUCACAGACACUCCUGAGUUGAAAUAUAUAUUUGGCCAUUGUUCCCAUCAAUAUCCAAACAAGUACCAAAUUGAGCUUCCGGUUUUGGGAAAAGUUGCACUCUACGAUAUACCAAAUAUGAUUGCCAUUUGUCCAGAAAACUACCAUGCAACAUGCUCGUCUUUGCAACUUCUUGUCAUGAACGAUGUUAGUCUAUCAAUGAAUAAUUUGAUGGUUGAUUCUGUAGCCACACACUCCGAUCUUAGUUCUGAUAAAACAGACGAAGGAGAAACAAGUAUGAGUAUUGAGAAGAAGUUAAUGUCUUUUAUUAUUGAGAACGGAUCAGAAAUUGAAGGCAUAUUUCAAAUGAAGGGAUUCCCAAGUGAGAAUGGACAACAAGUGAUAUCUUGGUUAGAAGACCUUAAGUGUGUCAAUUUGCCAAAGCUAAUGUAUAUAUGGAUGGGUGCCAAACAUAGUUUGAGCCUUCAACAUCUUCACAAAAUAAACAUUUGCAAUUGUCCAAAACUAAAGUCUAUCUUCUCCAUUUCUGUCUUGAGAGUCCUGCCUCUGUUGAAGAUCCUAGUGGUAGAACAGUGUGAUGAAUUGGAUCAAAUCAUUGAAGAUGACGCUGAAGAAAAUGAAAAUGUCCAGAGUCCUCAAGUUUGCUUCUCACAGCUAAAGUUUCUUCUUGUCACACACUGUAACAAAUUGAAGCAUUUGUUUUAUAUCCGCACAUCCCAUGUGUUUCCAGAACUGGAAUAUCUGACCCUCAAUCAAGACUCUAGUCUAGUUCAUUUGUUUAAAGUUGGUCUUGGUGCGAGAGAUGGGAGAGUGGAAGUUUCGCUUCCGAAACUGAAACAUGUAAUGCUAAUGCAACUGCCAAACUUUAAUAAUAUAUGUCAAGGGAUUGUUGAGUUUCAGACUCUGACCAAUCUUUUGGUGCACAAUUGUCCAAAAUUCUCAAUAACUUCAACAACUACUGUUGAGGACAUGCUACAAAGCUUUGAUCGGGACAAGGAAUUUGAUUUCUAUCUCCGUCCCCACUUACACGACAUAAGUUGUACAACAAACGGACACGUGUUUCUUACAUCGAAGAACAAAAACAAAGAGAUACAAGAUUUAGAAUCACAGGAGCAGAAACUGUCCCCUAUUCCUUUACCAAACUUGACAGAGGAGUUGGUUAAGGAACAUUCAAUGGCUGAACCGUGUUUGAACCAACAAAAGCCACUUGGAGAAUCUAGGGUUACUGAAGAGGGAACAGAAUCAAUGAAUGCGGAGACAGUAGCUUCGUCAAUUCUUUCUGAAUCCGAUAGUUCACAUUCAUGCUCAUUAGCUACAUCUCAAUGUAGACUGCAUUCACAUUAUGAAAUCAGCUUCAGCCAAACUGAGACUUACACAAAUAAAGAAAACGAAGUCCACCCUAUAUAUAUAGGAGAAGACUUGGGGGCCAAUGAUCUCAAUCCUAUGGAAGAGUAUGAUGAAGGCCAAAUAACCACACUUUGUGUUUCUGAAGUGACUGCAGAUAACUUAGUUGCAAAGGCCCUUUCUGACCUGGAAGAGUCUUUGAGGAUGCCUCUGAAGGACAUAGCUAGCUCAGAGGCUAACAGCCUUUGCCUUCUAACGGCGCUUAACUUCUUGUCCCACCUUUCUUUACAAGAUGCAGCUCUAUCAGAUGGACUUCAAGCUAUAAUAGACACUAUGCACACAGAAUUCCCAAGCAUCCUAUGCUCUUUCAAGCAUGCCUUUAUUACCAUAGACAAAUUUUCUGUGACCGAAGCUCAACACGAUGAGGCAGCCAUUACUCUUUCUUCCAAAAUUUCCAAAGCAAACAGUUCCUUGGAUGAUGCUCAACAGAGGGAAGCGGCUUUAAAGGAACAGAUCAUUCAAUUGGAGAAAGAAAUAAUACAUCUUCAAGAGGAGAAGGAUAAAUGCAUUCAAGAAACUAUAGGCUACAAAACUGAGCUGGAGAAUUUGAGGAAAGACAAAAAUCAAAUUGUGGAAGAUCAAAUGAAAGCUCGGCAACAAAUAUUUGAGGUCGAUUAUAAAUGGUCUGCUCUACGUAGUCAGUUUCAAUACAACCACAUUAUUGCAAGAAAUCCUUCUUGAGGAUUUUUCGUAUUUAUUGCAUUUUAAAUGGCCAAAUUUAUUAAGUUUUGGAGGCUAAAUGAAUUCACUAAAUAAAGAUAUUAAAUAUCCUAAAUGUAAUAGAUACACUUUAUAAGAUAAGAUAGGAAUUUAUGCUAUUGAUUGAAACAAAAUUAAAAUUUAGUAA